GUUUUCUCAACUAAUGCUAAACGAUAUGUACAUUGUAAAAUAUUACUGUGUGGUCUGUGGUUUUUGGCCUUUUACUAAUAAACAUAUUAGUUUGUUUCAACAAUCCGUAUAUUUUUUUGCUUUACUCUCAAUAACUAUACCAUGUGGAAUACAUCUAUACCGUCAUCGAUCGGAUAUAGAUAAAGUUUGUGAAAGUCUAUCAAUGGGAUCUCUUCUUCCUUUGUCGAUUAUAUGCUUUAAAUCUUUAGUGAGAAGCCGGAAAUUUUUAAAGAGAAUGUUUAAUCUCAUAUCCGAAGAUUAUACCUUAAUUUCAAAAAACAAACAUGAGUUAAAAGUUUUUCUAAAUAUUUCAAGAAGAUCAAAACUUUUUAUUACAGUAUACGUAGGGUAUACAAGUAUUACGUGUGUAAUCUUUCUGAUUGUGUCAUUCUUACCACCACUUAUAUAUAAGAGAUUGAAUAUUAAUAAGACAUAUGAAGCAAAUUUACCACUCAAAAUGGAUUAUUAUUAUUUCGACAAAAAUGAUUAUUAUGUGUUGACAACUAUUCACCAAUUUACUGCAGGAUUAUAUGGUGUAGCAACAGUUGUGUGCGUCGAUGUACUGCUUUUUACUUUUUGUCUACAUGUUUAUGGAUUGUUUACCGUUUUAAGAUUCAAGUUAAACCACAUUAUGAUCAAUGAAGAAACAUUAGAAUAUCUUACUGAUACCAAAAAAAUGUAUAGAAGAGCUAGUGAUUGUGUUGUGGCUUAUAUGAAAAUACUUAAAUUGAUUGAGGAGAUCAAUAAUGUUUUUUCAUAUUGCUUGUUAUUAUCAAUUGCAAUUAUUAUACUAUUAGUCAGUUUCCAUGGGACUGUGAUACUCUAUAAACUAACAGAAAUUAGAUUUGUUUGUGAGGAAUUACUGCUUGCAGUGGGUCAAUUGUUGCACUUAUUUUUCAAUUGUUUCACAGGACAAUUGGUUAACACUCAGAAUGCAAUUUUACCCUCAGUUAUAUACGAUGUUGAAUGGUACAAUGCAUCACCAGAAAUAAAAACCUUAAUACAGAUAAUAUUGUAUCAAAGUCAGAAAGAAUGUAAUAUAUAUGUUGGUAAAACGUUAGUUUUAUCUAACGAUUUUUUUGCUACAAUUAUAAAAACAAUAUUUUCUUACUUAAAUCUUCUCAAUUCGCAACGUUAAAUAAGAAUAAUUGAGAAAAAAAAAUACAAUUUUUUGUCUAGUGCAUAGAAAC